AGAAGGGAACUUGAGAGGCAAAGUAGGGAACUUGAGAGGCAAAGUAGGGAAGCAAGCAAUGUUGGAAGACUGGAUUACUACUGUUACCCCUCUCAGAAAUGAGGAAUCGUCAUAUAAAGUUUCAUUUGAAUGCGAAGAAGAUACGGAAGUGCCACAAGCAUUUAUUAUCCAAAAUCAUCACCACAGUGAAUUUUACCUUAAAACACUUACACUUGAAGAUGUUCCUGGCCAUGGACAUGUUCAUUUUGUGUGUAACUCGUGGGUUUACCCUACUAAACGCUACAAAAAGGAUCGCAUUUUCUUCCAUAAUAAGGCAUAUCUUCCUUUCGAGACACCUGAAUUUCUACGUUCAUACAGAGAAGAAGAGUUGGAAAUCUUGCGAGGGGAUGGAACUGGGAUGCUUCAAGAAUGGGAUAGAGUCUAUGAUUAUGCUUUCUAUAACGACUUGGGAAAUCCCGAUAAGGACCUUGAUGAUGCACGCCCAGUUCUUGGAGGACCUUCAGAGUACCCAUAUCCUCGUAGGGGUAGAACAGGAAGACCACCUACCAAAUCAGAUCCUAGAACUGAGAGCAGGCUUCCUCUAGUUAUGAGCUUAAACAUAUAUGUUCCAAGAGAUGAACGAUUUGGACGCAUAAAGUUUUCUGAUUUUCUUGCUUAUGCUCUAAAAGUUGUCAUCCAGCUUCUUGUUCCCGAGUUUCAAGCUUUAUGUGACAACACCCAUGCUGAAUUCAACUCUUUUGAAGAUUUCUUCAAGCUUUACGAAGGAGGAUUCAAGCUUCCUGAAGGCCCUUUACUUAAACGAAUUCGAGAAAACAUUCCAUUGGAAAUGCAGAAAAUACUUCUUGAAAGAGAUAAUGAUGAACUUGCCAAAUCUCCUAUACCACAAGUCAUCAAAGAGGACAAGUCUGCUUGGACAACGGAUGAAGAGUUCGGAAGAGAAAUGCUUGCUGGAGUCAACCCUAUUAAAAUCUGUCUUUUAAAAGAAUUCCCUCCAACAAGCAAGCUGGAUAUGGAAGUUUAUGGCAAUCAAGAUAGUUCGAUAAAACCACACCACAUCCAGAAAAACCUAAAUGGUUUACAAGUAAACGAGGCUUUAAAAGCAAAUAGGUUGUUCAUACUGGAUCAUCAUGACUCAUUGAUGCCAUACGUGAGGCGAAUAAACGCAACUACAAACAAGAUUUAUGCCUCACGAACUUUGCUCCUGCUACAAAAUGAUGGAACUUUAAAACCAUUAGCAAUCGAGUUAAGCUUACCCCAUCCUGAUGGAGAUAAGCAUGGUGCCAUUAGCAAUGUAUACACACCAGCUGAAAAUGGAAUAGAAGGCUCGGUUUGGCAGUUAGCAAAAGCAUAUGUGGCAGUUAACGAUUCAGGAAUACAUCAACUUAUCAGCCACUGGUUGAAUACACAUGCUGUUAUUGAGCCAUUUGUGAUUGCUGCAAAUAGGCAACUAAGCGUAAUGCACCCGGUUUAUAAGCUUCUUUACCCUCAUUUCCGCUAUACGAUGUAUAUAAACGCCUUAUCUAGGCAAAUCUUGAUCAAUGGGGGAGGUGUCCCCGAGUCUACAGUAUUUCCUGGAAAAUAUUCUAUGGAAAUGUCUUCCAUGUUGUAUAAGGAUUGGGUUUUCCCUGAACAAGCACUCCCAGUAGAUCUUCUCAAGAGGGGAAUGGCGGUUGUGGACUCGGGUUGUCUACAUGGACUUCGCCUACUAAUCGAUGAUUAUCCAUAUGCGGUUGAUGGACUUGAGAUUUGGUCAGCUAUCAAAUCUUGGGUUGAGGAUUACUGUAAAUUCUACUACAAGAACAAUGAUAUAAUUCAAAACGACACAGAACUACAAUCAAGGUGGAAGGAACUACGAGAAGAGGGACAUGGUGACAAGAAACACGAGCCAUGGUGGCCUAAAAUGGAGACUUGUCAUGACUUGAUAGAUGUUUGCACUACAUUCAUAUGGGUGGCUUCGGCUCUUCAUGCAUCUGUAAAUUUUGGGCAAUACCCUUAUACUGGUUAUCUGCCUAAUCGUCCAACUCUAAGUCGUAGGUUUAUGCCUAAACCAAAUACUCCCGAGUAUGAAGAACUUAGAGAGAAUCCUGAAAAAGUUUUCUUCAAAACCAUUACUCCCCACCUACAAUCACUUCUUGGGAUAGCGCUCGUAGAGCUAUUGUCAAGGCAUUCGUCGGAUGAGGUUUACCUCGGACAACCAGAGUGUCCUGAGUGGACACUGGAUGGAGAACCUUUGAGGGCAUUCGAGAAAUUUGGGAAGAAGAUAAAAGAGAUUGAGGAAAAGAUAGUGAAAAUGAACAACGACAAAAGAUUGAAGAAUAGGGUUGGACCGGUGAAUGUACCAUUUACCCUACUAUACCCGACUAGCGAAGAGGGACUAACGGAUAGAUUUGGCUCAAUAACAUAUAAAAUGUUAUAA